AGGGAAAUUAGGACACAGACAAGCACACACGGGGAACGCCAUGUGAAGGUGACAGCAGAGAUCGUGGUGAAGCUUCUAGAAGUCAAGGAACAAGGAACACCAAAGAUUUCCAGGAGAGGCUCCAGAAGCUAGAGCAAAGGCAUGCAGCAGACUCUCCCAUCACAGCCAUCACAAGAAACCAACCCUUCCAACACUGGUCUCACAGUUUCAGUCUCCAGAACUGUGAGACAAUGCAUUUCUUUUUUUCUUUCGUUUUUUAAUUUUGAGAAAGAGAAAGAGGGCGCGUGUGCACACGCGUGAGCAGGGGAGGAGCAGAGAGGGAGAGAGAGAAUCCCAAGCAGGCUCUGCAGGGUCAGCACAGAGCCUGACGCGGGGCUCAAUCCUACCAACCAAGAGAUCAUGACCUGAGCCGAAAUCAAGAGCUUAGCCGACUGAGCCACCCAGGCGCCCGGAGACAAUGCAUUUGUGUUGUUUGUACCACCCACUUCGUGGUACUUUGUUUCAGCAGGCCCUGGCUGACCUACGCACAUGCCUACUGGUAUGUCACUCGUGGGAGCGGGGACCUGGCUGAGUUUUCUGGAGAACAACCCUGCAAUACACAGCCAACUGUUCACCCUCUCAGACCCAGCGUUCGCUUCUGGAAAUAACCCCAAAGUUUUCUUUGUUUGUCUGUUCAAUUACUUUGUGGACUAUUAUCCAGCAAUGUAGCAUUGAUACAAGCAUGCAACAACCAGGAUGAAUCUCCAGGGAAUUAUGUGGAGCGAAAAAAGCCAAUCCUAAAAGGCUAUAUACUGUUUGGUUCCAUUUAGGUAACACUUCUGAAAUGACAAUAUCAUAGAAAUGGAGAACAGAUUAGUGGUGCCAUGGGUUAGGGGUGAAGAGGGAGGGCGUGGGAAGAAGGUAGGUGUGAUUAUAAAAAGGCAGUGAGAGGGAUCUUUGUGAUCAGAGUGAUUCAUUAUCUUAGCUGUGAUGGAUACUUGAACUUACACAUGUGAUAAAUUUACAUGGACUGAAACACACACACGUGUGCAUGCGCACAAGAAGGCAAGUAAAAUGGGAAAUCUGAACUAAACUGGUGGAUUGUAUCAAUGUCGGUAUCCUGGUUAUGAUAUUGUACUAUAGCUUUGCGAGAUGUUGCCAUAGAGAGAAACUGGCUGAAGGGUACAUGGAAUUUUCUCCGUAUUAUUCCCUAUAAGUACAUGUGAAUUUACAAUGAUCUCAAAAAGUUUAACUCAAAAAAUUGCUUUGGGCAAGGAAAUUCAUAGCAUCCCUACUGAGGAUAGGGGAGCAUUGAAAUAGCUUAAAGUAUCCACAACAGAAGUGAGCUAAAUAAAACCCUAGGGGUUUAAUUCUGAAGAAAGACAGACUCCUGAACUGAGUACAUAUAAAGCUGGAUAAGCAGGAAGUGAAGCAGAUGAGCAUCAUAGCAUCGAUGGCAUCUGUGAGCCAUUCCGUGGAGAGCACGGCUAUACCUUGGCAGAGAAGAAUUCGAAAGGAUGGACACACUUCAUCGGUUCAAAUCCACUGGAUUCUUCUCUUGUUUCUUUUCACCUCACUUCAGUUUCAAAUAAAACCCUGAAGCCAAAUGAAAUCCUUCGCCAUCCUCGGGCCGCUGGCUCCCCCUUCGGUCUCCAGCAGGUGGCAGGAGUGUCCCAAGGAUGGGCCCCCACGGGCUCCGGUUCAGGCGGAUGGGUCUGUAGCUCCGGACAGCAGGUGGGGCUCCCGCGCAGACAGCGCCAAGUUUCAGGAAUCCGGGCAUCGGAACUGCCCUCUCCCAAAUCCAGGGCAAGAAGGCGGCUGUCCGGCCACGAUAGGGUUAAUGGUCUACAUUCCAGAGCAAGGGAAAAGGAGGCUGGAGGGUCACAGACAGGGGGAGGGGGCGCAGAGGGCCGGCUUCUCACAACACCCACGGGCUCUGUUGGGAGAGAUAGAUCACCUCCAACAAUGGCCACAGCUGUUUUCGUCUGCCCCGAAGGAAACUGACUUAGGAAGCAGGUAUCAGAGAGGGCCCUUCCUGCAGGGGCUUCUGUCUGGCUUGUAAAACUGUCAGGGCAGCUGCAUUCAUGUGUCGAGUGAUGGAUGGUGGAAAGGAGGGACAGACGGCUUCAGAUGGACACAGCGGCUUGCAAGUUAAGGCAGGUGGCAAAGGCCUCGCGGAGGCUCUGCAGGUGGGGCAUACUGAUUCAUUGCCCAGUGAAAAUACCAAGGGGACCCGGGCCACAGCCCUCUUCCCAGCCUCCUGGAACAAUCCAUCUGCAGUGAAAGCUUCCGCUGGUUCUCCUUUCUUUUCCUGCACCUCAGGUGUGAACCUUCCUCGCCAGUGCCUCUACCCCUCCCAGGCCCCUGGUUCUGCUCCAGGGCUAAGGUAGCAAUUCCUUUUGAUUUCUUUGUGGCUAGCUGGACCUGGGAUGGCUUCAUGGAAUGCACCCCAUAGCAUGGCCCAAUAAGGUUUUCCAUAUAGGACUCAAAGCUGUUUUUGAAAAAUAUAAUCGUCUGAGAAACCAACCAACCAACCAAACAAAAAGAUGAUGCAGAAGAAAAAAAGGAUGUCAGCACUGAAAAUGCCGGCCUUGGUCUUUGCUACGAAAAGGGACUUUUGUGCUCUCCGUUCCUACCCACAGCCUGGCCAGGGAAAUGACUGCCUUGGGCACAUCAGUCCGCAAGCAGCAGUGAGUGUCUUGGCCAAGAAGUGCCUGUCACCACGCGCAGAAUCCCCACGGUUUCCUCCUCGCGCUCCAUCACCACUGUCCGUUGACUUACUCAUCCUGGCCUUGGAACCAGAAUCCCCGCCCCCUCGCCCAAGCAGAUACUCUCCCCGCGGCCCUCCAGUUUUCUCUCUUGCCUUCCAGAGGGUGCCAAUGGGGGCUUUCUUGAUCAGCAUAAUCGAUGCUCAGCCUCAUGGAACCGGGACCAAUAGGGUUUCUUAAAAAGUAUCUUUCUGCCCCUGCCUGGGUCUGUGGGGGCCAAAGAUAUACCCCUUGGGCCACUUGUCAGUGGGGUAACAAACGAACUUGGCCUGAGAAAGGCACUUGGCUGGGCUUAGCCCUUGGAGGGCUCCGGGCUGUAGUUUUCUUUGUGAAGCUGGCCCAAAGCUUGUUUUGAGAAAGCCCGAGGGGCCCAAGGAGGUAAAGAUUGUGAGCUGGAGCUCAUCUUGAUAUCCGAAAACCACAGCCGCCUGCACGUGGGAGGUGCUGGAGGGCAGGCUCGCCUCACACGCCCCCCUCUCUCUAGGUCACCUGGGAGCACCGGCUCCCAGGGAGUUUGCUGUGCCUGAGAAGUCUUUGGGGAGGGCUUGCUCUGAGCACACCCGUUCCCUCCCCCUGGGCUGAGAGAAACGUGGGACCAGCCCUGCCCCAGCCUGUCCUCAUUGGUUGGCACGAGGCAGAGGGGGCUUUAAAAAGGCAAACGUGUCCCAGGCUGGGGACCGGAGCCUGUGCUACUGGAAGGCUGGGUGCCCUCCUCUGGCUGGCACCAUGCAGCUCUCUCUCGCCCUGUGUCUUGUCUGCCUGCUGGUGCACGCAGCCUUCCGUGUGGUGGAGGGCCAGGGCUGGCAGGCCUUCAAGAACGAUGCCACGGAGAUCAUCCCUGAGCUGGGCGAGUACCCUGAGCCUCCGCCAGAGCUGGAGAACAAGACCAUGAACCGAGCGGAGAACGGAGGGAGACCCCCUCACCAUCCCUUUGAGACCAAAGACGUGUCCGAGUACAGCUGCCGCGAGCUGCACUUCACCCGCUACGUGACGGACGGGCCCUGCCGCAGCGCCAAGCCGGUCACCGAGCUGGUGUGCUCCGGCCAGUGCGGCCCGGCGCGCCUGCUGCCCAACGCCAUCGGCCGCGGCAAGUGGUGGCGCCCGAGCGGACCUGACUUCCGCUGCAUCCCCGACCGCUACCGCGCGCAGCGGGUGCAGCUGCUCUGCCCCGGUGACGCGGCGCCGCGCGCGCGCAAAGUGCGCCUGGUGGCCUCGUGCAAGUGCAAGCGCCUCACCCGCUUCCACAAUCAGUCCGAGCUCAAGGACUUCGGGCCCGAGGCCGCGCGGCCGCAGAAGGGCCGAAAGCCGCGCCCCCGCGCCCGGGGCGCCAAAGCCAACCAGGCCGAGCUGGAGAACGCCUAUUAGAGGCCGCCCGCCGCGCCGCGCCUCCCCCCACAACCCGCGCCCCGGCCCAGGCGCCCGGGUUUCUGCCCUCGGCGCGCGGUUUGAUUGUUUGUAUCUCAUUGUAAAUGCCUGCAACCCAGGGCAGGGGGCUGAGACCUUCUGGGCUUCGGCAGGAGGUAGCCAGGCCCUGCGGAUCCCGGGCGCCAGCAGAGCCCCCACUCCCUCGUCUCCGAGGGGGUCCCGCAGGGCAGGGGAGGGCGCUGAGAGUCACAGACACUGAGCCACGCAGCCCCGCCUACAGGGGCCGCCCACCUUUGCUGGUCCCACUUCCGAGGAGGCAGAAAAGCAAGCAUUUCACCGCCCAGGGGUUCUAAGGGAGCAGUGGGGGAGGAGGAAAGUCCCGGGACUGGUUAAGAAAGUGCGAUAAGAUUCCCUCUCCACUUCUCUGCCCCUCAAAAAGCCUUUAGUGCCUUGUUGUGCCAAGAACACAGGACCGGGGUCCGUAGAUCUGGUUUCUAGUCCGGACUCUGCCGCUAACGUGCUGGAUGACCUUGGACCACACUCUUCUCUUUCUUGUCCUCAAUUUCCUAUUCGGAAAAUGGAGGUGGGGGUGGGAUUUGUAUCUCGAGGAGUCUACGGUCACCUGAUUCCAAGGCCUUGCGUGUCUUUUGAAUGGGCAAAGGAGAGAGAGAGAGGUUGGGUUGAAAUGCUGCCAUGGUCACGUCCAGAAUUCAGAGUUGUGAUGCCCGGAUCUGACAGCCAAAGAUGAAAAACAAGUGUGGCCGUGGGGGUGGGGUGCGGGGUUGGCGUCUUUUUUAGGGCUGACAAACUCCUGGAAGAAGCUGUGUUCUCUCCCGGCCUGGCCCUCCCCGGAUGUUUGCCUGUCUUCACCCCUCCAUCCCAAAGGAUGCAGAAACAAUGCCAUUGAUUGGGGUCGAGAAGGAGAAGGUCCCGGGACACUGGACUUGCAGGCCCAAGGGAGCAGCCACCACCCAUGCAAAGACCAGCAAAUCCCUCUGCAGACAUCCUCCUGCCUACCACUCACAGACACAAUUCUGUCUAGAACCUAGCUUCUUAGUGCUGUUACCUGUGAUGUCAUAUCUUACACUGAAAUAAUAUUACUUGGGGAAAAAAAUUACAAGUGCUGUACAUAUGCCGAGAAACCACAAAGCCUGAUAGAUGUCAUCCAAAAAUCUUUUUGAAAGUCAUUUCCAGACACCUCUUACUUUCUGUGUAGUUUCUAAUUGUGUAACACACACACACACACACACACACACACACCCCAAACCAGAAGCACAUGCCGUGUGAAAUCCUGCCAGGCUGGUCCUUUCCACAAUCCUUCCGUGUGGGAUUUGUCCACAAGAAUAAAGUCGUGGUUUUUACAAAGAGUUAAGUUACAUAUUUAUUUUCUCACUUAAGUUAUUUAUGCAAAAGUUUUUCUUGUAGAGAAAUGACAACGUUAAUAUUGCUUUAUGAAAUACCAGUCUGUUCUUUCCAGAGGCAUUGUUAAUAAAGACAAUGAAUCAUUUCC